AUGUCACCGGAAGAGUUCAACUCCCAGGGCACUUCCAUCAGCAAUGCUCUUAUCGAGGCUGGUAUGGGAAAGGACACCAUAGACAAGUUGCACAACAAGAGGACCAUUGUGAUCGAAGAGAACAAGCGCUUCAAUUGCGGCAGAGUCACGGCUUUCGCAGUACAUAUCGGAACGGCCAGUGGCCGUGUCUGGGCAUGUGUCGAGAACGGUGACCUCAUCGACGAGGAUGGACGCGGCUUAGGUCAAGCAAAACGAAUCUUCAACAGUCCUGAGACACCGGUUCAGUUCCUGCCUUCAAACAACUGGCCUACUUCCAUCCGUAACGAUGUUCAAGGAUUGUUACGACAUGAGCUCUUUGCCCUUGUGCGGCUGGAUGUGUACCGAUGGGCUGAGGUUCGCAAAGCCAAGAGCGCUACUUUGGCCAUCGUACCAGAUCUCAAGGCCCUGGUCAAGGCUAUGAAGCUCUACAGCUCCCACAAUAAGUUGAAGGUCGAAGACCCUAAGGGGCCAGACAUAAAACGAAAAUCGAAUCCCAGUGGCAUACAGCCGCGUGGAUCUUUACAAAGUGUCGAGAAGGAGGACAAAUCGGACUCCUAUAUGAACGACCGACAUCUGAAAGAUCGAUCAGGUUCAGUCUCAACGGAUUCUGAAAGCGAAGGAGACGUCAACGACUACUUCAUGGACUACGAACGUGCGGAAGAGGUAGAAUAUGCCUCAAGUGGUGUAUUACUCGAUGCUCUGGGCCAGAAGCUGAUGAGCGCACUGCCUCACUUCUCCGUCUACCGCUUGGCACAGCGGCAGACCGAGAAUUACCUGCCCGUUCGACUCCACAUUGGAGAAUGUUACGAUGCAAAGUCCCGCGUUCUGUGUAGGCUCUGGGUCUACCUGUUCCCAACACAACAACGAAAGCACGCCCCUCACCUCGACUACAUUGUGGGUCGCCCAGUCAGAGACCAAGAUAUCCAGCUCAUGGCCAACACCAGAAAGGAGGAAAUCAAGGGCAUGAACCAUCAAGCGCUCUGCACUGAGCUGUCGAAUGGCACGGCGAAGUUGUUGCCUCUUUAUCGUCUCUUCGGCGACCCUACAUCAGAGGCAGAGUUACAGGCGCUCAUCAAGUAUGCCUUCGUGCUUGCUGCUGAGCUUCAUCCAGCCAAGCUGCCUGAUCAUCUUAUCCCACUGAAUAGCACAUUCAUUGCAAAUCUCAGGAAGGUGUGCCAGAUUCUUCAGUUUAGAUCUGUGGAUCUCAAGGCCCGGAACACAAAUCUGCCUUUGCGUCGCGUGGAUAUUAUUCCAAACCGGGGCUCCGGGAUAAGCUCUCAAUCCGCCAGGGAUGCUAAGAUGACUGGUUUGCACAACCUCGACAAAAUGCCAGAGGAUCUCCUCAAGAAUCUGGAAGGAUCCUCACCGGUCCGUGCCGCUAGAUCAGAGCGGAGAAGUGGGGAUAGACUUCCUGAAGACGGAGCUUACAUCGCGGAGGAAAACUCCCCUCGAAGAAAGGUUGAAAGGGUGCAUCAAGGUGUAAACCGCGCAUUUUCUCCGAAUAGUUCGGCUGAAAUGAUGGAUGCCGACGACUUGAUCAAGAGCAAUGCAGAUCGCGACUCACCUGAACCUCGUAAACGCAGCAAGGACGGUGGUGAUGAUCCUGCUGGAGUCCGUAUACGGAAGCCUGCCUCUGCCGCUUCCCAGUCAGGCGCCACGACGACCUCAGCUGCGAAGGCAGGCUCGGGGCUUUCAGUGUCUCGUUCAAUCCUUAUUUCUCUAGUACGUAGGCCUAAGGCUCCAAAGCCUAAGCCAGCGUCCGAGGUGCGCCCGAAGCAUCGCAAAGAGCACAUUCUACGCAAUCUUGAAAUUCUUUCGAAGAAUAGGAAAGUGCUCAGAGGUCGCAUCAUCAAAACCCGCUCUGCAUACAAUAGGAACGCGAAUCGUCUGAGGCGGGCCACGCACAGGGAGGAGAAGCUGUUGUCUCGUUCUGACCGACUGAUAGACCGAAUUCUGCACGUUUCUGAUCGGCAAGAAAAGUACAUUGAGAAGCUCUCCGCUUUGAUAUCAACUCAAGACGAUCCUGCCGAGGACGAGGCUGACGGGGCUGAGCAGUAA